AAGCAGCCUCUGAGCGAAGGCUAGCUGUUAUGAUGCAGUUCGCUCGGAAGGUGCGAGGUUUACGUUCGCGCCGGAGUUCUCUGCAUUUAAGACCAGCGUUUGUUUUGCACCUCAUCCAGAUACUGGAUAUUUAAACGAAUCUGAUUUGAUUUGUGUCUUUUAUAUAUAUAUAAACAGUAUCUGUCAAAGGUUUCCACGUAAAUAAUGCGUACGUUAUAUUUGGCAACCCGUUUGGAUUGGAUUUUGUACAAACUACCCUGGAACGCAUGAAGAGAUGCUCUUUAUGUUUUUCUUUUAUGGUGCGGUUCGUCAGAAGCGUUGAACAGGAAGAAUUUUACAGAGCUUUGAAGAUUCAGAGAGAUCCCCCUGUAAUAAGGAAACUAGGCUACUGGAUAAUCUUGGACUACACUGUAAGCUUUAAAAUGUGCUCCCGCAAUGACAGCGUCUUGCUUCGUUUUACAUUCCAUGCUGGUAAAUUGAUGCAUUAAAUCGCGGACUUUCUCCGAUGUGGAUUAUCUUUAACAAUUUUCUGGAUGUGAAAUUCUGGAAGACUGUAGUUUUAAAAGAAAGUGAUUUCGAAAAGAAGUAUCAACUGGAGGAAAAAUAGUUCUCACUUAAAAGAAUAAAUUUGAUAUGCCCUUGUUUUUUUCCUGAAACUGUAUAAAUAUAAGGAUCGCGCUGUUAUUUACACGUAACGAACUGUCUAUACUGGGUUUUUCUUUACUGUUCUAGGCGCGUUAGACGCGUUAAUUUAUACUUUAAGAAAUUUCAGUUUCAGCUUGUGGCUAAAAAGCCUUAUCGAUGGCAAGAACAGCCUCCUGCAAAUCGCUGUGUGAAUUCCGUCAGUCUGUGAACGUUUUAAAUUGCUUUAAACAUUGCGCCCCUGAAAACGAUGUAGAAGUUAACUAGAUAAAAGCAAAUUUUGUGUAGAGUAAUUGUAUCAUAUUAGUGAGUCGACCAUCUAUAAUUUGAUAAAACUGAUUUGCAAGGCAGGAUAUGCACUCCGGAGGCAAGAUGCGCCAUUACAUUUGCCGGAUAACUUUAUAGUAACGAGAAUGACUGGCUAAUUUGCGCUGCGACUGUGAUAAGUGUCGAAAUGCUGAUAUUUCUGUUAUAGAGCAUAAAAGAUAGACAAAAAUCAACAAGUAUACCAGCCAAGGAAAUGGAUUUUAUAAAACUUCUAAUACUUUUUCUGUCCUGUACUUUGUCGGAUUCAGUAAUUAAUUUGAAAUAUUCUGUGGACGAAGACCAGAAAGCAGGGACGGUGAUUGCAAACGUUGCGAAGGACGCAAAAGAUGCAGGAUUUCUGGUUGAUCCCCGACAGCCCUCUUUGCGGGUUAUAUCCAAUACUGCGCCACAGUUGGUGGACAUUAACCCCGCCGGACUUCUUAUCAACAAGCAAAAAAUCGACCGAGACGUAUUUUGCCGACAGGUACCUAAAUGUUUUAUCUCGCUAGAGGUCAUGUCCAGCUCUAUGGAAAUAUGUGUAAUUAAAAUUGAAAUUAAGGACCUAAACGACAAUGCACCGGUUUUCUCCAGGGAUGACAUAGACCUGAAUAUCUCAGAGACUGCCUCUCCAGGCACCAGGAUUCCCCUAGAGGGGGCAAGUGAUCCGGACGCAGGAAGCUUUGGUGUCCAGACGUACGAAAUCACCCCUAAAGAUAUGUUUGGGUUGGACAUUAAGACAAGGGGGGAUGGAUCUCGGUUUGCCGAGUUAGUGCUGGAAAAAAAUCUGGACAGAGAAACGCAGUCUCAUUACAGUUACGUGAUAACUGCUUUGGAUGGAGGGGACCCCCCGAAAUUCGACACUGUUUCACUUAAUAUUAAAGUGAUCGACUCGAAUGACAAUAACCCAAUUUUUGACCAAUCUGUGUAUUCAGUUAAGGUGAUGGAGAAUUCCCCUAACAACACUAUAGUUAUUGACCUGAAUGCGACCGAUCCAGAUGAAGGCACGAACGGCGAGGUGGUGUAUUCGUUUAACAGCUACGUGUCCGAUAAAACAAGGGAGUUGUUCAAAAUCGAUCCUUUUACUGGUGUCAUUACAGUCAGUGGGCUUUUGGACUAUGAGUCCGUGAACACGUAUGAGAUUGAUGUCCAAGGCAAGGAUUUAGGUCCAAAUUCUAUCCCUGCUCACUGCAAAGUGAUCGUGAAUGUUAUGGAUGCAAAUGAUAACGUGCCGGUAAUUAAAAUGCUGUCGGCGAACAGCGAGAUAGUGGAAGUGAGCGAAGACGCGCAGCUCGGGUACGUUAUAGCUUUGGUCCGAGUGUCAGACAGAGACUCGGGGGCUAAUGGACGGGUGCAGCUGCGGCUGCAGGGCAGUGUGCCCUUCAGGCUGCAGGAGUAUGAGAGCUUCUCUACUAUACUUGUUGAUGGGAGGCUGGACAGAGAGCAGAGGGACACGUAUAACUUAACGAUCCAAGCGGUGGACGGCGGCGUACCGCCUCUCAAAGCAGCGAAAUCACUGACGGUGAGAGUGACGGAUGAAAACGAUAACCAUCCUCACUUUUCUAAGCCACAUUAUCAAGAAAUGAUCCUAGAAAACAAUACCCCCGGGGCUUACCUGCUCUCCGUGUCCGCCAGUGACCCGGACCUGGGGCUGAACGGCACCGUGUCCUACCACAUCGUGCCGUCUCAGGUGCGGGACAUGCCCGUCUUCACCUAUGUCUCCAUAAAUCCGACUUCUGGCGACAUUUAUGCGCUCAGAUCUUUCAACCACGAACAUACCAGGACUUUCGAAUUCAAAGUUUUAGCCAAAGAUGGUGGAAACCCACCUUUAAGCAGUAAUGCCACUGUGCGCAUCGUGAUCUUAGACGUUAACGACAAUACCCCCGUUAUGACCACCCCACCCCUAAUUAACGGCUCGGCAGAGGUGUCCAUCCCCAGAAAUGCUGGUGUUGGGUACCUGGUGACUCAAGUCAAAGCCGAUGAUUACGACGAAGGGGAAAACGGAAGACUAACUUACUCUAUUUCCGAGGGAGAUCGGGCUUUCUUUGAGAUCGACCAGGUGAAUGGCGAAAUCCGCACGACGAGGACGUUUGGCGAAAACGCUAAGAGCAGCUACGAGAUCACGGUGGUGGCCCAUGACCACGGCAAGACGUCGCUGACGGCCUCCGCCUUCAUUGUGAUAUACCUCUCACCCGACAUGGACCAACAGGAGUCUAUAGGAUACGUCAACCUGUCCCUGAUUUUCAUUAUUGCCUUGGGCUCUAUUGCUGCUAUUCUUUUUGUCACUAUGAUUUUUGUGGCUGUGAAAUGUAAACGGGACAACAAGGAGACUCGAACCUACAAUUGCAGUUUCUUCUACCUGCGCAGGGUGGCAGAGUACUCUUAUGGAAACCAGAAGAAGUCUAACAAGAAGAAGAAGCUCAGCAAGAAUGAUAUUCGGCUGGUGCCCCGUGACGUGGAGGAGGCGGACAAAAUGAACGUGGUGAGUUGCUCUUCACUCACCUCCUCGCUCAACUACUUCGACUACCACCAGCAGAGCCUGCCUCUGGGCUGCAGGCGCUCGGAGAGCACCUUCCUCAACGUGGAGAGCCAGAACGUGCGCAAUGCCGCCGCCAACCAUGGUUAUCACAACACCUUCAGCGGACAGGGCCCACAGCAGCCUGACCUCAUCAUCAACGGCAUACCGCUGCCAGAGACGGAAAAUUAUUCGAUCGACUCCAGCUAUGUAAACAGUAGAGCGCAUCUCAUUAAAAGCACAUCGACAUUCAAGGACAUGGAAGGUAACAGCCUUAAAGACAGCGGUCAUGAAGAAAGUGACCAGACUGACAGCGAGCAUGAUGUGCAAAGAGCUCUCUAUCCAGACACUGCCGCCAAUGAUAUGCUCAACGUAACCGUGCCAUCGAGCGGCUGCCAGGUGCCGGCCUUAGACCUCACAGAUAGCUUCCACUGUCAGGAAGAAUGCCGUAUCCUGGGGCAUUCGGACCGGUGCUGGAUGCCGCGCCUUCCCGCCCGUGUCAAAUCCCCAGAACACAGCAGCAGCGUCAUCACUCUCCCCAUUGAGCCGCCCACUGUGGAUGCUCCCCCUUACAAGGACUGCGCUACCAAAAGGACUUUUGCCACCUUUGGCAAGGAUGGUCCAGAGGAUCAUGAGCGGUGUGAGCCAAAGGGGCGCAGGACAGUGGAGGCGUCAACAUGUAGCCCGAAAGCCAGUGGGAUGGUGAGGGAGGCAGGUAACGGCCAAGAGGUAGCGAGCCCCCUAUCCUCCCCUGUGCAUCUGAAGAGCCCCCUGGCCAAAUUUCCCUCCACCUACAGCACUCUGAAACGGCGUGAUGCUGAACGGAUAACCCAGCAAAGCCUACUGCGGCAGGCAGAGGGGAAGGACAGCGAGCCUGAUGUCCGGGACGUCAAGCAGGGCCUGCAUGACUGUCAAGAGAAGGACUCUCCGGGAAACAGGUGCCUGAAGGAUAUCGUGCUGUAAGAACACAGGCAUUGCUCCAUUACUACCAGUCUUCGUUCGUGUUGUAACAACCGAAAAACAAAGAACGAAACCAUUUACAGCACAACUUAUGUAACAGAAUUUCACAGAGAUGGAUUCUGGUAUUGCAAGAAAAUCCUGCACCUGCAAGAAAAGAUGGAGGUUUUUAUACCUGAUCUAUCUCUCCUCCUGGUACGCUGGAACGAGGGCUUUACUAGUUACUGUGUAACAUGCCAAAUUCCACAGAAUUUGUUCAUUUAUUUAUUGUUCCUUUCGUUCGUGUGGAUAGAAGCUUGAAAUUGUGAAGUAAUUGUUUUAUUUCUGUGCUUUACACAAUAUUACUUUCUGCUGUUUUGCAGUUUGUUGUUCCUGUGUCUGUCAGUUUUAAUGUGACCACAGUCCCUAAUGGGAAACAGAGCGUACAAACUAAACCAGGAAUACACAGUCAGCCACGACAUAAAUGGAAGGUCUUUAUAGUACUUUAUUAUUAUUAUUAUUAUUAUUAUUAUUAUUAUUAUUAUUUUAUUAAUACUUCUUCUACUAUCCAAGGGCAACACUAAACAAAGCUAAGCAUGUAGGAAUACCAUAUCCAUCCAAUAAAAAUUUUAUUUCAAACGGAGAAUAUUAUUUGAAAACUCUGGAACCCAUCUGUGACUGUGAUCACUGGGGCAUGGGACUAUUAACUGUUCUCUGGUCAUGGAGGCUUUCAAAUGUUCGGUUGCGGAGCUAGAAAAUUGAAGGAACGGAUAUGUAUAUAUGGUUUAUAAUGAACAUUUUUCAUACACUUGUGACAAUCCCUUUAACGUUUCCUUUCAAGACAAAAAAACCUAGUUAAUAUCUGUGUUCGACGGGUUCAAAAGUAGAGUUUGUUACACAAAGAAAUAUAUAUAUAAAUCUAUAUAUAACAUAUAUGUAAGCCAGAAUCGUUUUUACUUUAUUUAAAAAUGUUUAACAGAAUUGUUAUUGUGUUUGGUUCUUUUCGGUAAGUUAAACCUUUAAAUCAACAGGUUUUUCAUAAACCUUUAAAUAAUCAUUCCUUUAUUUUUGAAUUAAAUUUUGACUCUUGUUUAAUAUGUUAAUCUUGGCAACUUGCAGUCUGUAUGUUGUUUACUGGUCUGUUCUUGUGCCAUAAAAUUCCUGUCAGCUAUGUGGGCAAAAAAAAAUUAAUAAAAACAAUUAAAAAGAGUUACAAUCUACACCUAUAGUAGUAAUGUCAUAUAAAUGAGUAUUGAGUGAAAAGAAAUCAGAUAUUUAACUAGUAAAGGCUGUGGGACAGUCGGCUUUGCAAGCUGGUUUGGAGACUCCAAACAGAUCUUAAUUUUUUUUUAGAACCCUGAAUUUAAUUAAUUUCAUAUGUGCGGUGUACAGUGCAAUUUGAAAAAUUGCUGCCCCAAAGCACUAAAGUAAAGCAACAAAUCAAUGCAAUUUGAUUUAUGAUCUUGGCCUACAUUUUUCUUAAGUGUCAACAGUUUGAACAAUGAGGAAAAUGUGAUGAUUGUUGGUGAAUUAUACAUGUAACACUAUGGUGAGAAGCUUUAACGUUGUGGCUUUAUAAGAGGACCCGCCCAGACAGCAGAAGUAACAGAUUUUGUGAUAUUUCAUAAUGAAAUUGGUUUGGAUUCGAAGAAAGUCUUAGGAAUCACUUUGUUUUCAUAACUUGUAACAUUUUGGUUCCUUUGCCAUUCAUAAUAAUUAUUAGAAGUAACAAUAACAAUGGUUAUAAAACUUAAGUGAAUGUUCAGGCUUCACCAAUUGCUUCUGGUAACAUGGACGCAAUGUACAAGAUAACUUAUUAUUAAAAUAUUUAGUGUACGACA